AUGGCAUCAAUGACGCACCGCCAACUUGGCUACCCACACCACCACGGUGCGGGGCAGCACACGUUGCGGCCUCUGCAGCGCCCUAGCCCUCACAAGGCCACCGGGGCGGGACGCCGGAGUCGAGCGAGCUCAGCCCCGGCCCGACCAAAACCUCUCCGGAGGUCCUGUUCUUGCUGUCGCGCCGCCUCGAGCCUUGAGGACGGCGAGGAGGAAGGGGAACGCAAGGCUCUCCUCUGCUCCGGGCCGUCGUCCUCGAAGUCGCUCCCGGAGCCGUCGUCUGGCUCCUCCCAGAAGACGUCGCUGUCGGAAGAGGCGGCGCGCGGUGGGGGCGCACAGCAUCCGUCGGGGUCCGCCGGCCGGCCCGGGGGAGGAGCACCGCCGAGCCAGGCAUGCCAGCGCCGGGUUGGGGGCGGCGAACUCGGCGCUGGACCAAGCACGCCGGAGCUCUGCGCCUCCGCGCUCUGCUACGACCCGGCGUCGCCGUGCCGCGACGCGCGCGACUACGCGGCGGUGGCGACGCUCGCCGCCAGGCUCCUGGUCCGCAACGGCACCGCGACCAGGGACACCGUGGCCGUGGCCGCGACGGCGGCGCCUCCCCGACCCCCGGCCGCCGGGACGAAGCCUGAGCGCCGCAGGGUGGCAGAUCCGGCCGCCGCCCACCGGAUCUGGCCGGCUGCCGCCUGCCGCCGCCGGACACCGCCGGACACGUCGGGGGAGAGGUGGAGGGGGGGAGGAGAGCGGGGGAGGGGGGGGGGGGGAAGAGACGCGCACGGGGCCACUUCGGGGCAGCCGCCGCCGCCGCCGCCACGGGAUCACGGCGACGGCGGCCGGGGAGGGCCGGAGAGGAGGGGGGGGAGCUGGGUGGCGCCGUCGCCCCCCGAGUCGCCCGUUGGGAGGGCGCUCGAGGGUCGUCCCACCUGUAUUGUGUUACAUGUUUAG